AUAACGGAGCGUAACCGGAUCCUAGUUCAAGAUGGCGGAAGGAAAAGACAUUAGAGACAUUCAAAAUGAGACGGAGUCUUCUAUACAAGGUCUAUACCCCAGAGUUUUAACAGACGAAGAGAAACAAAAACUUGAACGAGACACUUCCUGUAUUUCAGAAUUCAAAAGAAACAAGUUAGAGCAAGAUGCUCGUAAAAACUGGGAUUUGUUUUACAAGAGAAAUUCAACAAACUUUUUCAAGGACAGGCGUUGGACAACAAGAGAAUUCACUGAGUUACUCAACGUGGAGGAUGAAAAGUUAAAUGAAAAAGUUCUUCUUGAAGCUGGUUGUGGGGUAGGAAACCUCAUCAACCCCUUGCUGGAAGAGGGCUAUAAUUUUUAUUUCCAUGCUUGUGACUUCUCACCUAGGGCUGUUAAUUUUGUUAAGGAGAGCCCCUUCUAUGAUGAGGCAAAAGUGAAUGCAUUUCAAUGUGAUCUGACUAAAGAUGAUCUACUUGAAAACAUUCCUGCGUGCAGUGUUGAUAUUGCUACCUUGAUAUUCGUGUUAUCAGCAAUUCACCCUGAUAAAAUGAUUACUGCUUUGCUCAAUAUCUUCAAGGUUCUCAAGCCUGGGGGCUUACUAUUAUUGCGUGAUUAUGGACUUUAUGACCAUGCCAUGUUGAGAUUUGCUCCUGGACACAAGCUGUCAGAACAGUUCUAUGUUCGUCAAGAUGGAACAAGAGCCUUUUAUUUUUCUCAAGAUGACUUAGAAGUGCUUUUUAAAAAGGCAGGCUUUGUAGUACUAAUGAAUAAGUAUGUUGAAAAAAGAACUGUAAACAAAAAAGAGAAUAUUGAUGUUCCCAGGAUAUUUGUGCAAGGGAAAUUUAUGAAACCUGAAAGCUGAAAGAGAAUUCAUGCAGAAGAUUUUAUUCUUUGUCAUUGUAAUAAUAUAUAUUAUAUUCCAGUUGAAAUCUUUCACCGGGAGCCAAAAUAGUGCUAGACUUGACAGUUGCUGUUAUACAAUCACUUGAGUACUCAGUGCAUUAAAAUGCAUCAAAUGCACUGAGUGUCCAAGUAAAUAUAUAUUAUACAGCGGAACCUGGAUAUUACAAUUCUGGAUUUUAUGAUAACCUCAAUUUUACGAUGAUGUUCCUUUCUCCCGGCGGAAAUACAGUGAAUUGUUUGAAAAAUAACCUCGAUCUAAUAUAUUGGAUACAACAAUAUUCUUGAUUUUACUAUAAAAAUCUGUUUUCCCAAGCGUAAUUUUGACCUUGGUACAAUGAUAUUACUAAUUCUGUCUAUCAAGAAAGAGAGUAAAACUUGAUACACCACACAUGUACAGUACAGUUAAUCGAUUUUCUUGACUUGACAGAUCUUGUUACAUGGAGAUUAAAGUCUUACAGAGAGUAACUGUACAGUCUUACCCAGAGUACAGUUACAAUAAUAUUAUUUCGUAAAAGUUGAUAAUUAACUUGACCUCGCUACAAUGAUAUUUUCAAAGGGUUUUCCUUUAUAUUGUAAAAUCGAGGACCUCUUUAACAAUACCUCGAUUUUACGAUAUAUUUUCUUUCUCCCAAGGCACCUAGUAAAAUCCAGGCUCCACUGUAUGUAGCUUCUGCUGAUUUGGGGGUGGGGGGGUGGCUAUUCCUAGGAUUUUGGUAAAGUAUGCUCAUCUACAUGAUUAAAAGAAACCCAAAGGGUAUGACCAUUAUCCUAACAGUUAAGUCUAGGGAACGCCAUCUCUCCUCCACCCCAUCCCCAGCUGUAAAGCUUAUUUGUUCUUUAGAAUUUACAGAAUGGAACUUUUUAUCCCUUUUUCAAGUAGCGCUGUGUCAAUUAAAGGCUAAAAAUCAAAUGAGAAUGUAUAACAUUUUAUUUAUACAGUAACUUGCUGUUAGUAGACUAUGUUUGUAGAAUUUUAAAUUUGUAAUAUAAGCUUUUAACUUUUUCAUUCACAAAGCAAUAAACUUUAAUAGUGAAUAAUA